CAUCCACGUAGGUGUGUCGAGAUGUAUUAGCACGAAUCUUAAAGCACCCAACUUUGUUCUCGAUUGUUCUGACGGCGAGAGAACCAACCAACCCUACCUUGGCUUUGCCGGCGGGCGGCGGCGAUGGCGUCCGCGACGGAGGCGGAGGCUGAGGAGAGGGACAAACCCAUCGUCGUCCGUGUCAAGCGCAAGCCCUCCCAGACCCGCCCCGACGCUUUCUGGCUAGAGAUCAAUGAGAGGCCGGUGAAGAAGGCUAUGCUCGAUUUCUCCAGCCUUUCAGUCUCCGAGCCAUCCUCUGCUCCUAAUAAAGCUUCAGAGGAACCACGAAUUAAGAAACUUCUGGUACAGCACAUUGAGACAGUACACCAUUCUGAGGCAGUUCAAGAUGUUUUGCACUCUCUUCUGCAUUCUGACUUGGAUGCCAAAGAGAUAAAGAGCAAGACAAAGGAAUGGAACAACAGAACUAAUCAAGAUAAAAAACAAGACCAGCUACGAUCAGCAGCCAGACAGAGGCAUGAGGACCUUGGAAGAAAUGCUCGCUUUGCACAAAUUUGGAGGAGUCGGAAAGGAGACAGGAAUGAAGUUGAUGAAUCACUACGAGAAAUAUGCCAUCUUUAUGAUGCUGUCCAAGUAGAUUCUGAUGAAGAGAAGCAUCCAGCAGAACCAAGGAUUACCUCUUUUGAAGAGGGUGCAAUUUUAUGCAAUUUUCUUCCACUUAUACGGGAACAUUUGCCAUCAGCUGCUGAAGAAAUUGAAUCAGAUAUUAUUUCGCUGGCACAAUCGGAAGAUUCAGAUGUUUAUGACAUAUAUACUGUCAAAGAGGUGGAUGAUGAUACAACAAUGGAGGGCACAUCUUCAGCUCCAUACCCACUGUUACAAGUGGACAAUGGCGAUGAUGUGUGUUAUGAUGAUGACGAUCCUUAUGAUACAGAUGAUUCAAAUGCGGAGGAUAAUCCAUUAUAUGAUUAUCCUGCGGAGUUGUCAGAAGAUGAGGAUGAUGAUUCCAAUAGCGAGAAUCCAUUUUCAGACCUAGACGGUUCUGAUCCCGAGUAUGAGAAGGAAGAGGUGGAGGAAGAAAGGGAUGAAGACGGGAGAUAGAAUCUAUGCUUGGGGUACAAAUAUGGGUAGUAACUAGAGAUAAGAUGAUGUAUGGGCUAGCGGUUGAGCUGGCUGUGAUGUUUACCUGUUAGGUUGGCUAUAUGUGAGAGAACUUUUGGUGUUAGUAUACUGAUGAAUUGUAUUCCCAGCCUCAGCAACUCUCAACUCUCAGCGUGUUAGACCUGUAACUCGAUAUGAUCACUGAAGGAGAAGUGUAGGAGUAAGAAGAAUGAAUUAUUAAAUAUGGGAGAAUUUCCUGGCGAAUUCGAACGUGUAAUCAUUGAAGGCAAGCAGCUUGUUGUUGGAUAAGAUAGAUAGCUCA